UUCUUAGCGCAACUGGGACAGCUAUGCAAUAUUAUCUGCCAUUAAUAUUAUGUCUUAUUGUAAUCAUUGUAAUAUACAAUGUUUACUACUUUUAUUGUACAUACAGGCAACGCAAAGAAAGCAACGAAAUAGUUUCGCCUCUAAUAAUGAUGAAUACGGAAUUAGUACCUUUAAAUAAAAUACCUUUUGGGUGCACUCAACUAAAUUUGCUGAACCCUCCUAGAUUGCAAUUUAAUUCAGACGAAUUUGCGUUGACAAUAAUAAAAAAAAAUCAAAUUAUCCAAACAAAGUUUCUAGGUAGCGGCGCAUUUGGUAAUGUAUAUCAAGGAAUUAUCAAAGAUUUUGAAGGAUCGGACACAACACCAGUUGCGAUAAAAAUGCUAAAAAAAGAAGCUUCUUCGAAAGAGAAAAAGGAAUUCUUGAAAGAGGCUAAACUUAUGAGCCACUUUCGACAUGAAAAUGUGCUAAGAAUAUUAGGCAUUUGUAUGGACACGGAUUCACCGUUGCUUAUGACGGAAUUAAUAGAACCUGGUGACUUAUUGAAUUAUUUAAGAAAUAAUGGAACAUUGCAAUCGUCAGAUUCGCGCGCAUUGGGUCUGCAAGACUUGCUUGCCAUGUGCGAAGAUGUUGCUCGAGGCUGUGUGUACUUAGAAAGACAGCAAUUUGUGCAUAGAGAUCUCGCGUGUCGAAAUUGCUUAAUAUCCGUAAGAAAUCAUGGAAACCGUAUUGUGAAAAUCAGCGAUUUUGGACUAGCUAGAGAUAUUUAUUCAGAUCACUAUUACCGUACGGUAAAUACAAUUAUUUGAGAGAGCUAAAACUUUUAUUCUAUUUUUUUAU